AUGGCUGGCUGUAGGAUAAAAAUAUUUAUAGCCAGUGUUGGUGAUUUUGUGCAAGCAAAGUCUCACGACCGCAAACACAGACACAAGUCUGCAACACAGGAAAGGGAGAAGGAGCGGCUGGGAAUACCGGAUCCUACGGACUACCUUUACCGUCCAUUUGAGGGAACUCCGCAGCUGAGGCUGCCUUACAUAGCGACGGGUGUUCUGCAACCACACACAGAGUACCCCUGUGGUCUGAUGCGCUGCACGAGGACAAAGCCACCCAUCACAUUCUGUGAGAAUCCCACUGCCUCGACAGCUAUGUUUCGCACCAGGUCUGAGGUGUUAAAUGAUGCACAUCCACGUGUUGCUGAACUGAUGAGAGUCGUAAUGGAGGGGUCAUGGGCCAGUGCAGACACGCGGGCUCUUACUAGUUCCAAGCAGCGGUCAGCAGCAGCCGCAGCAGACGUGGCGGGCUCUUCCACCGAUGCCAAUCUGUCCAGCAGCCUAGCUGCAUUGCAGGUGUCGUAUGAUGAGAAUGAAGUGGAUGAUGCCGCCUCUGAUGACCUCAUCAAACCAAAGGAGAGAUCUUGGUAUCUUACUUUCAGUGUGAUUAGGGAGCUCUGGUCAGGAGACUCUGCAUCUGCCGUGGCUACCACAUCCGGCAGCCAGAGGGAGCCCCCUACGAUGAGGGGCAGUGCAUCAGAUCGAGACCGCGACCAUGACCGUGACAAGGAGCGUGACUUCAGCACUUCGCCGGAGGUCUCGCACAGGAGAUUCAGGGUGCGGUCUGAGUCUCGCCGUGAAGAGAGCUCUUCUCGUGUGGGGAGCGUGCCGAUGGUGUCGCCGAGGGCUGAACGCAUCACCGUACGCUCCCGUUGGGACAGUGACUACGAAGAAGAGGAAGAGGAAGAGGAAGCAAAUGGAGAGUAUGGGGAAGAGCGUGAACAGAGAAAUAGAUUUGACAGGGCAGAGACGGCACUGUCGGUGUCGCCACGGAGGACGCGGGGCAGCUGGAGUGAUGACUUCGAUUAUUCGACUACUGCAGCAGAUAAAAGUGAGCCUGAUGAUGAUAGAGGUGCCACACAACACGAUUCUUCCAGCAGCCGUGGACUGGAUGGGAGCAGCUUCGAGUAUCACAAUGGCAAAGGCUCGGACAGACGCUCACACAAAGAUGCUUCAGAAGAGGAAGAUGAAAAAAAGGAGAGGGCAAAGCAUGAAGAAGGCUACAGUGGUGACAACGAACGUGAAGACGAACGCCGACCCUUUGAGCGUGUUGAGACUGAAGAGGAUGAUGAGGAUGAGGAUGAUGAUGAGGACGAAGAGGGGGAUGAAGAGGAAGAGGACGAGGAGGAGGAGGGGGCCAAGGAGAAGGAGCAGCAGUAUGAGAACGAGGAGAAGGAGAAGAAGAAGAUAAAGAUGAAUGUGAAGAUGAAGGAGAAGGAGGGAGAGGAAGACAAGAUAGAAGAAGUUGAGAUGGAAGUUGAAGAGGAUUCCCAGCCUGGAAUUAUUGAACCGCAUGAACCAAGUGACAGCACAUCUGCCGAAGAUGCCGACGUGGAAGACAGGUCGCUGACAUCUGGCAGCCACUCCCACAAGACUGACAGCAUACUACACACUCCAGUUAAUGGGUCCCACACUCAGGAUGAUGAAGAAUCCCUGCCUUCCCAUUAUAUACAGAAUGUAAACAUAAAUGAUUCAAUUUCUGGAGCUUUGGACAAAGUGAUGCAAAAUGAGGCAUUGACUGAGAAAUCAAGUAGUGCGAAUGCAGCCUUAAUUGGUCCACAGCCACUGUCUCAGUUCAUGCAGGAGGAAAACAGUCAAGGGGAACCUUCAGAUAGUACAAAACUCGCGUCAGAGUAUGAAGAAUUCAUGAAGGCUGUCAGUUUCGAAGCCACUGGGGAUGACACCAUGCAAGGUGAUGAGCAGAUGGAAAUUGAUGGUGGUACCCCGGAGCAGGACAGUCCCAAAAAAAAGGAGUCUGAUAGCCCCAAAAAAAUUCAGCCAGAGUCUGACAGUCCCAUAAAAAUUCAGCUGGAGCCUGGGAGUACCAAAAAAAUACAGCCGGGUCCUGACAGUCCUGAAAAAAUUCAGCCAGAUGCUGCCAGCCCAGAAAAAAUUCGCCCUUAUCCUGACAGUCCUGAUAAAAUUCGGCCAAUUAAUGACAGUCCCGAAAAAAUUCGACCAGAGCCUGACAGUCCUAAAACAGUUCGUCUGGUUCCUGACAGCUCUGAAAAAAUUCGCCCAGAUCCUGGCAGUCCCAAAAAAAUUUGUCCUGAUCCAGACAACCCUGAAAAAAUUUGCCCGGAUCCUGAAAGUUUUGGAAAAAUUCGGAUGGAUCCUGAUAGCCCCAAAAAAAUUCAUCCAGAUCCUGGUACUACAAACAAAAUUAGCAAUAGAUCUGACACUCACAAUGAAGCUUCUCGUGUUGAAAUGGAAGACACAACUUGGUCUCAUAGUUCUUCAGAGAAGGAGAAACAGCAAAGCAGCAGAAAUAAUGAUUCAGAAUGUAACAGAAAUGACAAAGUCGCAGAGGGAAACGAGCUGUUGAAAGAAAAUGGUGAGUCGAGUGUGAAACAGCCUGUAACGGUGAAUCUUGGUCCAAAAUUGAGUGUACCAGAGUCGGUCAGUGCUUUCUUAGCUGUUGCUGAAAGUGCAUGCAGUGAUCUGUCGGUAAAGCAGAAUAAUUCUCGCAGCAGUAGUUCUUCCAGUAGUUCGGAAAGCUCUUCAUCUUCAGAUUCAGACGAAAAGCACCAUCGCAAGAGCAGGCACUCGAAGAAGGCUUCCAAGAAGAAGAAAAAGAAGAAGAAACACAAGAAGAAGAAACGACACCACUCACAUAAAAAGUCAAAAAGCAAGCAGAAGAAACGGUCGGCUACAAGUUCGUCAUCUUCUUCAGAUAGCAGCAGUUCGUCAGAUGAUGAAAGCUCUUCGGAAUCCAGUGAGGCCAAGCAAAAGGUGUCGGCACGCAGCAGGAAGAAACGGAAGGGACACGCACAGCAGGUCGAGGCCGGCAGCGAAGGUGAGGACACAGGUGAUGAAAGAUCUCCAUCCCGCACACGGAAGGAUAAGGGGCAGAAGUCGACACGCUCCAGGUCCAAGGAAGAAAAAGAAGAAGAAGAAGCAGCAACGGAGUCAUAG